AUGCCAGCUGCAGACAGCCUCAAGAAGAGGAAGAUCGUCGUCCUCGGCUCGCGCUCCGUCGGAAAGUCCUCCCUCGUCCGCCAGUUCAUCGAGAACCACUUCGACGAGUCUUACCACCCGACCAUCGAGAGCACCCUCCACAAGACCCUCAAGUACCACGGCGUCGAGUUUGAUUGCGAAAUCAUCGACACGGCCGGACAGGACGAAUACUCCAUCCUCGGCUCAAAGCACACCAUUGGUAUCCAUGGCUAUGUCCUCGUCUACUCUGUCACCUCCCGAAAUUCUUUCAACAUGAUCCAAAUCAUCCACGACAAGAUCCUCGACUUUUGCGGGACAGAGGAUAUUCCUUGCGUUAUUGUCGGCUCCAAGACAGACCUCCAAUCCAGCCGCCAGAUCCAGCCGUUAGAAGGUGAAAAGCUCGCACAGAAAAACAACGCAGCGUGGGUCGAAACAAGCGCCAAAAAUAAUAUCAAUGUUUCACAUGUCUUCGACCUUUGCCUCGCCGAGAUAGAGAAACGCUCGAACCGAAAUUUCAAAGUAGACACUCCUGCCCCCGCUACUAAAAGUGGAUGUUUUAUUAUGUAG